CAGCUUGGAGGUGACAUGUGGCUUCUAACGACCCUGCUCCUUUGGGUUCCAGGCGGUGGACAAGUGGUCAGUGACAGGAAGGCUGUGAUCACCUUGCAGCCUCCCUGGGUCAGCAUUUUCCAGGAGGAAAAUGUCACUUUAUGGUGUGAGGGGCCCCACCUGCCUGGAGACAGUUCCACACAGUGGCUUCUGAACAACACAGUCCUUCAGGUCUCCACGCGUAGUUACAGGAUCACGGAGGCCACUUUCAAGGACAGUGGUGAAUACAGGUGCCAGACUGGUCUCUCAAUGCCAAGUGACCCUGUACAGUUGGAAAUCCACACAGAAUUGCUGCUACUCCAGGCCUCCCACAGAGUCCUCACGGAAGGAGAACCUCUGGCCUUGCGAUGUCAUGGAUGGAAGAAUAAGCUGGUGUACAAUGUGAUUUUCUAUCAAAAUGGAAAAUCCUUUAACUUUUCUCGAGGUUCUGAGGUCAAAAUUCUGAAAACCAACCUGAGUCACAAUGGCGUCUACCACUGCUCAGGAAUGGGAAGAAACCUCCGCUUCGAGUCUGCCAGAAUGGCUGUCACUGUGAAAGAACUGUUUGCAGUUCCAGUGCUGAGAGCAUCCUUGUCUUCUCCCUUCCUGGAGGGGAGUCCGGUCACCCUGAGUUGUGAGACAAAGUUGCUUGUACAGAGUCCUGGCUUGCGGCUUUACUUCUCCUUCUACGUGGGCAGCAAGAUCCUGGAGGAUAGGAAUACAUCCUCAGAGUACCACAUACCAAGUGCCGGAAGCGAAGAUUCUGGGUUGUACUGGUGUGAGGUAGCCACAGAGGACGGCAGUGUCCUUAAGCACAGUCCUGAGCUGGAGCUUAGAACAAUUGGUCUCCCACCGUCAUCCGCCCCUGACUGGUUUCACAUCCUUUUCUCUCUGGCAAUGGGAAUAAUGCUUUUGGUGGACACAGUUCUCUGUGUGAAAAUACAUAAAAUGUUGCCAAGAAGGAAAAACUACAAUGUAGAAGUCCGUUUGGUUUCUGAUGAGGAGAAGAAAGAAACUUCCGCUUAGCAAGUUAGAAGCGAUUAUGUGUCUGAAGAAAGAGACCUUGCGAGGCGGACCACACCACAAGAGCCGCGCAGCUCAGUGGGUGACUGUGGACCUGGACAGCUGACUCCCUCCCUCCCUGUGCCAGCGCU